UGCUGCUGUGACAGGAUAGCGGAAAGCCUUUCACUCUGUGGGAAAAAAAAAAAGACUUUAAAAGAGGAAAAGAAAGUGAGAGAAACAGCGAGCUGCUGAGUUUGAACGGCUGAAGAGUUUGAACCCGCACUGGUGUUGCCCAGGAAAGCUCCACUGUACUUCAUUGUCUCGGUUGCUGUCUUGAAAAGCCAUGACAAAGGCUUAAACUGCUUUAAAAAGAGAUCAGUGAUGAAAACCAACCAACAUUAACAGACAUGCAUGGCUUUCUCUUUAUUGCCUUCAGCUGCCUCUGGAUUCUUCCUGGUGUACAUAGUAAAGAAUGUUAUCAGACGGUGCUGGCAAGACGUUAUACAUAUUAUGUACCAGAGGGGGGCAGUCAGUCACUGUCCUGUGUGGUGCAGCACUGUGGAGAAGAGGACUGGACGGGGGAGUGGGUCUGGAGAAACUCAUCAGAGGUUGAUGUCAGCAUCUUAAAACCCACUCUGAGGCACCAUCUGUCCAAUGAGACUCUCUCAGCCAAUAAAACCCAUCUGUCUCUCAAACUGAUGAGAGUCAACCAAUCAGACGAGGGUUAUUAUGGAUGCAAAGUCACAUGGGGUAAUGGGGCCAGAGACCAGGGACAUAUGACAUACGUGAACAUCACCUCAGCUGUGCCCUCUGAGAGAAGCAUACUGAUCAGGGUCUUGGUCUGUGUGGGUGCCUCUCUUUGUUUUCCUGUUAUUCUGGGAUUGGCUCGUUGUUUGAGUUCAGAGGUCAAACCACAGUCACUUCCCAUGACUCUGCCCACAAAUCAACCACAGCCGAAACCGCGAGCCGCAUGCAGAUCACAACCACGCUCAGGUCCAAAGCCUCCACCUCGACGUCCACGACCACAAAAACAGAGCUCUUCUGCUGGUAAAGCUACCCCCAAGUCCAAGCAACCUAAAGAGCUAGUGUAUGCAGCUCUUUCCCAGGAUGCUCUGGAGCAGCAGCGAGCCACUAGAGAGCCUCCACAGGCUACUGUCUACUCAUCACUCCAGUUCUCUUGACUGCGAGCAAUGCAACGUGGAGGAGAGACACUGGAUAAAUUAUGUGAUGUUUUUGCAAGGAGUAAUUUCUUUUUAUGUGAUACUGACUGAUCUUUGAGAAAGAAACUUAUCUUUUUGUCUCCAUGAGAAAUCCUACACGCAGAAGACAAACAUUUCUUCGGACUACAUAUCAAAGUGGAAGUAGUGUGUUUGUGUAUCUUAAAGCAAAAAGAAGCACAUAAAAGUCCUUAUGGUGUUUUGCAUAACUCACAGGAAGCAGAUGGUAGCAGCUACACAGAGAGGAAUCUCAUGACUUUGACUGUGAUUUCAAGUAAUGCUGAUUCUAAAGAAAUUAUUAGAUUUUUUAAAAAUUUUAUUUUAGCAAUAAAAAUGGUGAUGUAAAUUUAAGGCUACAUUGGUUUGUUUGGACAAAUUAACAACUUUCAGCAUGUAUAUGCAUUUAACACACACACACACACACACAC